CAAAAUCCGUGAUUAUCAUGAUUAUAGUGAAAAAUACAAAUAUCUGACUUUACAGCUAAAUUUACUAAAGAGAUAUCUCAAGCAUGUUUCCAGCAAAGCACCUUUUCCACUGUGAUGAUGCUUUAUGGGGAUUCGGUACGCUGGAGAGAACACGGCGACUUGGGCAGCAAACUUAUCAGCGAGCUCUGAAAAAUCAUGCAGCGUGGACCGAGCAGAGAGAACAGAGGCCAACAGUGUGUCCGAUGUCAAAGAAGAGGGGAGCAUGCCCAAUAUGUGGGAAGUUUGUGGAACCCAAUUUAGAGCUGGAGUCAGCUUUCUCUGACGUAAUGACAAUGAUGAGUCACAUGUCUCAAAUCUGUCAGAGGUAUUACUGUGGAACUGAUGGAGAACCUCAGACAAAACAUGAUAAAAAACACUGCCAGAGAUACCACAGUACACAACUUAUAAACAAGACAAACAGUCAGAGGGUGAAUUCAUUAAAUAAAGAGGUGUACCUGUCAGAAAGUGAGCAGCCCUCAUCUUGUGAUACGUACAGAGGAAGAACAAUAUCCAGUCGACAUCCUACGUUUGACAUUUCUGCUUCUUUACCACAAUCCAGAAAAGCCAAGCAUGUCCGAUUCUCUCCAGGGGACUCAGUUGAAGUCCAAUUUUAUACUUGAUACUUGUUACUUUUACAUAGCCUGUUAACAUACUUUAAAGAUUUUUAACAUUUUAAAUAUUUUUUAGACUUAUCCUAUACAGAUUUGAAAAAAAUAAUCUCAUUUAAAAAGUGCAAUUAUACAUGAAAAGUGCUUUUAAAUUCAAUUAUAUUUUUGUAAUUUGUUAUAUAUACUCUAAAACAACUUUUUAAUUUCAUAGAAAAUUUUGGUUCAAUGAAUCGCACAAUCUGA